AGGUAUGAUAAUUAAGAAGACCUUCGACGAAUCCGAAGAGAUUGUGGUCUCCAAAAAAGAGCUUCGCCUUUUUGUCCUGAACUGCCUCGAAAAGGUCUCUUGUUCACCUGCUCACGCUCAACAGCUUGCCGACAUUCUCAUUUGCUCCGACUAUCGUGGACACUAUUCACAUGGGCUAAAUAGGUUGCACGUUUAUGUCAACGAUUUAGCCGUGAAGUCGACUGCAGCAGAAGGUGAACCCAUCAUACUCAAACAAAAAGGGUCAACCGCAUGGGUAGACGGAAACAACCUACUAGGACCCGUUGUCGGUAAUUUUUGCAUGAAGCUGGCGAUCCAGAAAGCUCGUGAGCACGGAAUUGGCUGGGUGGUUGCAAAAAAUUCCAACCAUUUCGGAAUCGCCGGUUGGUAUGCUCAAGCUGCGUUACAGCAGGGCCUCGUGGGAAUGGCUUUUACAAACACUUCCCCAUGCGUUUUCCCAACCAAUUCGGCUGAAAAAAGUCUUGGCUCGAAUCCAAUCUGUUUGGCUGCACCGGCCAAGAAUGGGGACUCAUUCUUCCUUGACAUGGCAUCAACUACAGUUGCUUAUGGAAAGAUAGAAGUCGUCGAACGUCGAGGUGGAAAAAGAAUCCCAAGGACGUGGGGAUCAGAUGCAAAUGGUAUUGAGACACAAGAUCCCAAGGAAGUGCUCAACGGUGGAGGUCUCCAACCUUUGGGGGGAUCAGAAAUUACAGGUGGUUACAAAGGUACCGGUCUAUGUAUGAUGGUGGAACUUCUUUGUGGAAUUAUGGGCGGUUCAUCAUUCGGUAAAUCGAUCAGAAAAUGGCAAACGACUGAUGAGAACGCCAACUUAGGUCAAUGUUUUGUUGCAAUCGAUCCUGAGUGUUUCGCUCCAGGGUUCAGCGAUAGACUGAGUUGUUUCCUCGAUGAGACCAGAGAAUUAGAACCGAUCGAUCCUGCUCAUCCAGUACAAGUAGCUGGCGAUCCGGAAAGGGCGCAUAUGAUCAUGUGCGAUGAGCUUGAUGGUAUUGUCUACAAGAAGAGCCAACUGAAACACCUGGAGACGCUUGCCAACAAUCUCGAUGUGGCGAUGUUUAAGGCCAAGAAGAUGAAGGACUAAUAUAAUCAUAAUUUAUUAUUGCUAUCUUGGAAUGAAUUCUGGGUAAAAUUCAACCAAACCCUUAUGAAGACUUUGCCAAAAGCUAGUCUAAAUGUGCUGAGGAGACACCACAAUCUAUGCUAUCUUACAUAAAAAUUCCAGACUCCG